UCAGAUGCCGUGAACACCCUGGUGAGCAGCGUGGCAGCGGAUAGCGGAGGCGUGCUGAAGGAACCCAAGACGGGCAAGAACGAAUACGAAAACCUGGCCCAACUGUCCAGCAUUCCGUUCGUCGAGUGGUUUACCUGGUGUCAGUCGUGCAAGCACGGCGGCCACGCGCAUCACCUGGCCGACUGGUUCAAGUCGCACUCGGUGUGCCCCGUCACGGACUGCAACUGCCACUGCCAGCACCAGGACUUGCCGAUCGUCGGCGACGACCACCAGACGCAGAUCAUCGAGCACCAGCGAGCGAGCGCCGCAGCAUUGGCCACUCAGCACCAAGGCGCCCAUGCGCGGAGUCAAGAAGUCGUUCCUGGACAAGCAGCAGCAGCAGGUGUCGAUGGGGUCACAGAGCUCGCAGCACAGCUUCUCCGUGUCGUCCACCCUGGGGACGAACUCGACGUACCGCUCCUUCUCCUC